AUGUCCAACCUCAUAGAUACCAUCCUUGGUGGGUUCAAAGCAAUCUAUCACAAUUGCCUAGUGGAGGUUCUUUGGACAACCUGUAUCUUCGCCUCUUCUAUCCCGUACCUUCACCGCAGCUUAACCACCAGAGGAUGGGAGAUAUCACGCAAAGCUCCCACGUACACUCUGAUUCCCCAUAUCCUCAUAUCUUUACUGGAAGUUGUCAUUUUCAACCUCAAGCAGUGGCAGAGCAGACAUGAUCCACUUCCGACACCUCUUGACUUGUUUCUUUGCAUACUGCAAGUGUCAACAGCGUUAUACCUAGCUGAGAAGCAAGGCAAUGUCGCAAAGAUCGUGGCGCCACCUCUUGCGAGGGCUGCGUUUCAUACAAUGGUAUGCCAGCGUCUUCUCGCAUCCGGCCUUGCCGCUUAUCUAGGGUCCGCUAGAUGGCACCGAGCUAGCAUCAAAGUUCUUCACAGCUUUAUUUGGAGCCGUGGCUUUAUCGCCGUAGCGAAGCAUCCGUCAGCUUUCGAUACGCGUGUGAAGGCAGUGGCUGGCGGGACUGUCGUCUCUGUCCUGGGCGGCAUUUAUGAAGGGUCAUAUCCCCAUGGCAAUCUCAUUUGGAUCGGAUGCAUGAUGGGGUUGCUGGCUUUGGAUAAAUUGGGACAACAGUAUGAUAAUUCUGCUACCAGGGCUUUGACGGUGUUGGGGUUUGUGACUAGGAGGAAUGAUGUCAAGGACAAGUGA